AUGGCAGACGAGUCUAUGCAAAUCGACGACGCGCCCACCGUCUCAGAAAUCAAACAAGAGCCUCAAAACGGCCAGUUGGAUAUACUCUCGGGCCCAGGCCUUUCACAACCGCCCUCGAAGGACAAUUUCAAAGAGAUCCAGGUUAAGGUUCACAUACGCAAGGCCGAUAAGGACUCGUGGCAGUACCUUGGUCGAGGAGUAGUAACGCAGGAUGUCUCGGGGCACUCGUCUCGCGUCGUCGUCCGGUUUCUGAGCAGCGGAAAGCAUAUGGCAACUUUCAGCGAAGCAUCUGACCUCCAAGCGGAGAAGAGGGGAAAUUUCGUCGUCAUUAGCUGUAUUGACGGACCACAGGUCGUGUCAUGGUCCCUAAAUGCUCUGAAUAAUUCAGAGACGUUGCGUCUCCUUGCGAGCAUCGAGCUCGCCUGUUACAGAUGCAAACAGCCUCUGGCAGAUCCGCGCCUGCACAGCAAGAGCAGGCGCAAAAUUGAGAGACUCAUCAAGGAGGAUCGCCGAAGGAGACAUCGCCGACGCAAAGAACAGGAGGCCAUGAUUGACGCCUUCGCAAAGCAAAACUUGGGCGGUGACCCACCAGUGUCAAUGGAAAACACUAGCCCGCAUGCCUCAUGA